AUGGCCGAGUCAAAGGAGGUUACCAUUGUGGGGUUUGAUACUAGGGAUGUCAGGUUUCCGACAUCUCUCGAUAAAACAGGUUCCGAUGCAAUGAAUGCGGCGGGCGAUUACUCGGCUGCGUAUUGUGUGUUGAAGACGGAUGGUGGAUUUGAAGGACAUGGAAUGACCUUCACCAUCGGCCGUGGAAACGAAAUCGUAUGCACAGCAAUCGCACACCUAGCCUCCCGCAUCACCAACCGCACUCUCUCAUCCCUCGUGGCUAACUGGGGCCAAACAUGGCGCCAUCUAGUCAACGACUCGCAACUCCGUUGGAUCGGUCCGGAGAAGGGCGUCAUUCACCUCGCGCUCGGCGCCGUCGUAAACGCAAUCUGGGACCUCUGGGCCAAAACCCUCAACAAGCCCGUCUGGAAGAUCGUUGCGGACAUGACGCCCACUGAAAUCGUCUCUCUCAUCGACUUCAGGUAUAUCACUGACGCACUAACCCCCGAAGAAGCGCUCGACAUCCUCAUGAAAGCGGAGCAAGGUAAAGAAGUGAGAAUAAAGGAGGCUAUGGAGUCAAAGGCCGUUCCCGCAUACACGACAUCUGCUGGGUGGUUAGGCUACGGACGCGACAAGAUGCGAGCAUUGUUGCAAGAGACGCUCGCAAAGGGGUACCGGCACUUCAAGAUCAAGGUUGGUGGGGAUGUGGCGCAGGAUCGGGAACGGUUGGAGAUUGCGCGGGAGGUGAUUGGGUUCGAUAAGGGGAAUGUGUUGAUGGUGGAUGCGAAUCAGGUUUGGAGUGUGCCUGAGGCGAUUGCGUAUAUGAAGCAGCUGAGCGAGUUCAAGCCGUGGUUCAUCGAGGAGCCCACCAGUCCAGAUGAUGUCCUCGGCCAUAAAGCCAUUCGCGACGCCCUAAAACCCUACGGUAUCGGUGUCGCCACAGGCGAAAUGUGCCAAAACCGCGUCAUGUUCAAGCAAUUCCUAGCCGCAGGCGCAAUCGAUGUCUGCCAAAUCGACGCUUGUCGUCUCGGCGGCGUGAACGAAGUCAUUGCCGUGCUUCUCAUGGCCGCAAAGUUCAACAUCCCCAUUGUUCCCCACAGCGGCGGCGUCGGUCUUCCAGAAUACACGCAGCAUCUCUCGACCAUCGAUUACAUCUGCGUAUCUGGAAAGAAGUCGGUGCUUGAAUUUGUGGAUCAUCUUCAUGAGCACUUUUUCCACCCCUCAGAGAUUAGGGAUGGGUAUUAUGUCACGCCUAUGAGUCCUGGGUAUAGUGUAGAGAUGAAACCUGAGAGUAUGGAGAGGUUUAGUUUCCCUGGGGCUGAGGGGAAGAGUUGGUGGAAGAGUGAGGAGGCGAGGGGGAUUUUGGAGGGCGAGAAGAUUUGA